ACACUUUUGAAUGUAGGCUAUGUACCAAUUUCUAUGUUUGUCCCUUAUUUAAGUUGCAAAAAUCAUCAUUAUUUAAAUAUUAUCCGAACUGGUCUAUUUUAUGCAAAAUACAAUCUCUCCAGUAUCUAUCAAAUAGAUUCUCCACUGGAACAGCUUCUCUUGGCCGCCUUUUUGUACAUGUAGCUUUUGGGAAAACUGAUAACCAGUUUCUUUCUGGAUUCCUAUGAUUGUACUCCUAUUUUCCAGAGAUUUUAGACCAUUUACACUUCAAUCUAGCUCUGGAUCAGUUGUGUCUACACACGACUUCAUCUGUUUUCAGCCAGAACAUAUAGAAAUGAAUUUCUUGCAAUCCACUAGUGUCUUCUUUCUGGUUGAAAGAUGAGAAGAAGAAGAACCACUGCAAAAUAAACAAAAACAUAUCAUAAAUUUUGUUGUUAUACUGUACAGGACAACAUGGAUUGUGCAUUGUAAGUUGAAAUAUUACAUUUACUGAUUGAGGUGCUACUAUUAGUAUCUGCAUACUGCACCUGUUUACAAGUAGAAAAAUACAAAACCAGACACCACUCAUCAACAUGAGAGGGGGAAAGAAUGAAAAAACAGAACACAGAACAAGUGUGGCUUCAUAAAGCUAUCAGGGUUGACAAAGGCAGCGUGAAAUGACUUCAGGGAGCUAUUGCAGCGCUCUUAGAGAUGAGAGGAAUUGCACAUGCUUUUCUAAACAAGAAUAAAAACAAAUUCAGCAGGUCUAAGGUCCAGUGACCUCACUGUUCCUAAAAGCUACAUUUGUAUACAUCAAGUGCAAUUAGCACGGUCCACAGGAGACAAAACAGGAAGGAAAAGGCUUACCUUUUAACAGUGGAACAAGAGCGCCUACUCAAUCUUUCUAACAGCGACAUGUCCGAAGAUAAUCAGCCAACUCCUGAAGCAUGAGAGUCCUCUCCAUCUCCUACCAAACAAACUUGUCUGUCAUGUCGGCGGUGCUCAACUAUCCACAUUACUGGAUUUGUUGGAGCAUCUGCUAAAGCAGCACAGCAAUGCUAAAGUUAUAGUAAGAAACUCCAGCCACCACUGCCAGAGAUGUUUGGACUCGUCGGGAGAGAGGCUUUAAGCAACGUUUUGUAAAAAUACUGAAAACUGCCUCUAUAAAGACGUGCAGAAAAACAGUGGUUCAAAAGUGGAAAUUAACUUGCUUUAUUUAUUUAUUUUAGGCGGUGGUGUAAAGAAACUAUAUAUGGGUUUCAUAACUGGGUGGUGUUGAUGACGCGGUGGAUAAGACUUUGGCAUGAGAGACCCUGGUUCAAUUCCCCACUGUAACACAUCCACCACUCUGUCUCUGAGCAAGAUAUUUAACCCCUGGUUGCUCCAGAGGCGUGCGUUAUUGAAGUAUUUGGUUUGAACAAGGAGUUACAAAUACUCUCCAGGGCAAUUGGCCCAGGUGCCCAGAGUUACCGCAGUCACUCUCAGCUCUUCACAGCAGCAUCCUCCUUACUCAGUUCUGCUGCCUCACACAGACUCUAGUGUGCUUCUGCAGCCACCUGUUUCUCUGGCUCCAGAGGUUCCCGUUUGGCAUCAUCGGUCUCUGGGCCCGUGGCCCAGUCACUGAACUCCAGUCACUGAACUCCAGUCACUGAACUCCAGUUGGUGACCUGACCAACUCUUGCUCCACGUGCCCUGUUGGUGGCCUGACUGGCACCUACUUCUGGUUCCCUGUUGGUGGCCCUACUGACUCCUGCCCCCCGAGCCCAGUCAACGGUCUCCAGUCCUGCCAUCCAGUUGCUGGUCCCUAGCCCAGCAGCCCUGCCUCUGGUUCCAUGUUCAGGCUCCUUCCUGGCCUGAGGACCCCCCUGCAGCAUGGAGAACCAAACUUUCAAUAUGGAUGUUCUACAGCUGGAGGGGUUGAAGGUCAGCCCUGACUUCUCUAUUCCCGCAUUCGUCCUCCUCCUCCUCAUCUACAUCUUCAUCAUGGUUUCUAACAUCAGCCUGGUAGUUCUGAUCUUCAUGGAGAACAGCCUCCACGAGCCCAUGUAUCUGCUCUUCUGCAACAUGAGCAUUAAUGAUGUUUUCGGGGCCACGGCCAUCAUUCCUCGUGUACUGAGUGAUCUUUUUACUCCAGUCACAGAGCGGUACAUCUAUUAUUAUGAGUGUGUCGUUCAGGCCUUCUGUGGUCACUUUUAUGCAGGUGCCUCUCACACAGUGCUCAUGAUCAUGGCCUUUGACCGCUACAUGGCCAUCUGCAACCCUCUGCGAUACGCCACCAUUAUGACCAACAGGAUGGUGGUGAUGCUGUCGGUGGGGGCCUGGGGAACAGCUUUCUUUUUGAUUGUAAUCCUCGUCGGCCUCAGCGCCCGCCUGUCACGCUGCAGGCGCUUGGUAAGCGCCCCUUUUUGCGACAACGCCUCCUUGUUUAAGCUGUCGUGUGAAAACAUUCUCAUCAACCACAUCUACGGCCUCGGCACUGCCAUGGGCACGAUGGCCUGCUCCCUGUGCAGCGUCACCCUCACCUACCUGAGGAUCGCCAUGGUGUGUUUCAAUAGUAAGAACAAGACUGUGAACAGCAAAGCGCUGCAGACCUGCGCCACCCACCUGGCUGUGUACCUCAUCCUGCUACUGUCAGGCAACAUCAUCAUCAUCCUCCAUCGUUUCGAGAACUUAUCAGAUGAAAGGAAGCUGGCAUCCCUCUUGUUCAUUGUGGUCCCUCCUUCCAUGAACGCUGUUAUCUACGGACUGCAAAUCAAAGCAGUCAGAGAAAAAAUUAUGAUUAUAUUUAACAAGAAUAAAAUGAAAGAAAGAAAUAAAAUGUCAAUGCAGAAUUAAAUGUAGAAGAAAUGGCUAAUAAACUCUAUGACGGUACUAAAGUACCAGGGAAUAUGUACAUGUAUAUAUAUAUACAUAUAUUUAGUGUAUUUAAUAUACAGUACUUUGCAAACGUUUCAGGUGUGGAUAAAGUGGUGUUAAGUAAGAAUGCUUUCAAAAAUAGACGUCAAUAGAUUAUUAAUUUAACAAUUAAAUGUUUCAUUGUGCUUCUUCAAAAGAGCUUGGACAGCACAUCUGGAAACCUCUGUUUGCCUUGAAACGUCUGAAUUGGAGAGACCUUGCUGAUGCAGCAUAACUACCAUUGCCAUGAUGUAUGACUCUGACAGUAAACUUUUUUUAGUAAAAGUUCUAUUCCUCCUACACAGCUGUUUAUGUUUCACUUAAUUAGUAUUUUUCAACCUACAUAUUGAAUUGGUGAUCAUUGGCACCUGUUUGACAAUAUGACUACAAAAUCUCUGACUUUCUGCAAGUGUACUUUGAAGAAUUGAUGCUAUUUGAUGGCAGGAUAUUUGAUUUACAUUUUUCUUCUUGUCACUCACUUUGUAUUUUACUAAUUGAUAAAUAUUAUCUAUUAACAUGUCUAUUGUUGAAAGCAUUCCCACUUUACAGCCCUUUUUCCACACCUGCCUAAACCGUUUGCACAAACAUACCCAAUAAAAUAUCUGCUCUUUCGAGCUACAAUUGGGUUCUAGUAGCUGGCUCUGUUUUGGAUCUUGCUCCAGGUUCAUAAAAAGUUAACUAUGAAGAUUUAAACAAGUCUUAUACUAUUAUUUUAUGCUAAGUAUUUCAACAAACUGAAUAAACUUUGAGCACUGAUAUUUACUUGUUAGUGCUUGAAGGGAGUCCAUAGUGAUAGUAUUUGAGUCUGAGUUGUAUGGCUCUUUAUACCAUAGUAUUACAAUAUGAAUGUGUGUCCACUAUAUAUUUUUCAAAGAAAGAAAGGGUUACUGUACUUCUACAGGUUAUUGUCCUGCAGUGGGUUAAAUAUGUGUAUAGUAAUAAAAAGACAAUAUUUGUACAUCAAA